CUGGGAUCGUUGAAAUAAAACAAGCCCAGUUGUCGUAAAUUAUAAAAGUUUGUUUAGAUGCACAAGGUGACAAGCCAAGGGCCUUAACGCCAAUGAUCUAGAGACGCCACAAACAGACCACACACUCGUCAACUAAGCGCUAUGGAGGAAGGGGAAAGUUCAGUGAGAGAGCAAGUGUUGAAGUCCCAGCGGUCUAUACAUCACUCAUACAUCAGGUUCCUCAACAAAACGUUUAGAAAUGUGGAUGUUGUCUGGGUCAACUAUCAGGGUCUGCGUGUGAAGUACAAGACUCUACCGGGCAGCUGGAUGGACAUCAACACGUUUGAGGGCCACCCCUGGGUUUUUCAUGACUCAGAUACAGGUGAUGAGAUGGUAGUUCACCUGAAGGAAAUAUUCGAGCCAGUGGCCUGGAAUAAAGAGUUUGAUCACUGGCCACCUAAACGCAAGGUCGUCUAUAUUACCAUACCAGUCUACAGCCUGCAAGAGUGUUGUCUCCAGGCAAUACGGAGCCUCGUGCCCAGAAACGGAAUCAACGACCUCGAUAUAUCUGAUAUUUUGAAGGAUGAUCUGCACCGAAUUUACCGGACCAAACCCGAUAUCCAACCACGAACUGCAAUAACAUGAUGUUAUGAUUGCAAGGUUCAACAAGAAUAUGUAAUUUAUGAAUCUCUAAUACACAUACAAGUAAAGAUCUUAAUGUUAUCAGUGGGGAAUAAUUGCGUCUUCCUUCUGACAAUUGUAUUGUUUUAUUGCUUGAAUUUGCUUCUUCAAAUUGAUGUUCUUUAAUACUGUUGUUAUUUCUUUCAAAACAAACUGGUUGACCAGUCACUUUAGACAAAGCUUGUUUUGAUUUUGAUGUUUUGUCAUACGAAGAAAAGAGUAAUUUA